AUGUACAAGAAGGAGAGAUCUUCAAGGGAAACUACAUUCCCUCAGAGAAGAAGGACCCCAUCUUUCUCUUCGACUCUUCUUGAUUCUAUUUACCGUUCGAUUGAUGAUUCCAACGGCGAAGAACAUGUGUUGGGGCGAUACUCUAGAGAAACAACCAUGAUCAAGAAACAGGGUUGCAACUCUGAUUCAACAACCAGGCGUGAUGCAUCAUUUCUUGAAGGGGAGAAACAAGCAUCUCCUACUCUUCGUCGAGCUGUCAUGAUUGAAAGCUGGAUGGAGAAGCGAAGCUCUCGUGGCUCUAAGCAUUAUAACGCCACCUCAAGCUCUUCAGACUCUAGCUCUGCAGGGGGAGGGGGAGGGGGAGGGGGAGGAGGAGAUGUGUUCUCGUCCUCCGAAAAUGAGUCCAGUGUCAAAGAAAAUUCAAGUUUUGCCCAACAAAGAACCAAACCACUUUCAGAUACGCCACAACAGAAGCCAAGGUGUGAAGGCGGAGGCUUUAGUAAGACAAAGUUAAGAGCAUUAAAAAUCUAUGGUGAAUUAAAGAAGGUAAAACAGCCAAUUUCACCAGGUGGUCGCAUUGCAAGCUUCCUAAAUUCUAUUUUCAAUUCAGCAAGUGCUGCAAAGAAAGUGAAAAUGUGCUCUAUUGGAGCCAUGGAAGAUGUAAGUUUCGAGCGUAAAUCAAAGUCUGCUUGCUCAUCGGUUACUUCCUUUUCAAGGUCUUGUUUAAGCAAAACACCCCCUCCAAGAGGGAAACCAAGCAAUGGCACAAAAAGGUCAGUUCGAUUCUAUCCAGUCAGUGUCAUUGUUGACGAGGAUUCUAGACCUUGUGGGCAUAAAUGUAUUUAUGAAGAUGAUCCAGGAUUGAUGCCAAUGCCCCAAAAAGCUGUCAAGAGUACUUCUGUUAGGGAAUUAGAGGUUGCUAGAGGAGCAGCAGCAGGUUACUGGAGAAGAAGUUGUCAUCAAAAGAAGAGUGUUAGUGAAUUUGAUUUCAGGGGCUUUCACAGCUAUGUUGAAGGUGAAGGUGAUGGUGAUAGCAAUAGUGAUGAUGAUGAGAGUUGUUCAAGCUCUGAUCUCUUUGAGCUCGAUCAUCUUAUUGGGAUUGGAAGGUACAGAGAGGAGCUCCCAGUGUAUGAAACCACUAAUUUCAAAACUAAUCAGUCCAUUGCUAAUGGCUUCAUUCUGUAAUAUUCAUGUUGUUAUCAAAAUGCAAAUCUAAAUCAUCAAUGUAAUUAAUGUUUUGGGGACUUAUCUAAUCAAUAAUCUAUUUAUUUUCUUUCUAAUCA